UGCACGUGCAGUGCGAUGUGUCUCUCUGGUAACGCGCACCUGCUAGAGCAGCACGCGGCGUGUCACUGUGACAGCUGUGACGGUAAACCCUAAAACUUUCACCACACCACAUAAACUUAACUUGUCGAACUCGCUGAAUCACUGAGUUAAACUUAGCCUCUGGUCUAAAAACAAAGUUCAAAUUCCCGGAGGUGAUCAUGUCUACGAAAGAGGUAGAGAAAACAGCUGAUGAGAGCGCUGAUGAGGAGACGGACUGGCUUUAUGGAGAUGACAAUUUUGAGGAAGAGGAGACAACUGAGAAGGAAGUUUUCAGUGCUCUGAUUGGGGAUGUGGAUGGUGUCAAUGGAGUGUGUUACCAGGACAGUGACUCAGACAGUGACGACGAUGUCUGUGUGACCAUUGGUGACAUUAAAACAGGCGCAUCUCAGGGCUCGUCAUUUGGUUCCGGGUCCAUCAAUCUGAACCUAAAAUCCUCUGCAUCAGGCUCCAAGUCCAGAGGGCUGGAUGCUGAAGGCGCUGUCCUGCAGGUGGAUGUGGAGUCAUUUGAGGAGAAGCCGUGGAGGAAACCAGGUGCGGAUCUGUCUGACUACUUUAACUACGGUUUUAAUGAGGACUCCUGGAAAGUGUACUGUGACAAACAGAGACGACUGCGCAUGAGCCUAGAAAUCCUGAGCCUGGGGUCAUCCAACAAGAUAACGGUGCAUCAGAGCUCUCAUGAUUUGUCAGAAUAUUCAUCCAGGAAGUCGAGCGGCUUGAUCAAUGUUAUCGGUGGACAUUCAGGGACCAUCAGUCGAGUGGAAGGCAGAAGACGUCACGGUGCUGAUGAAAAUAACAUCCAGGUUGUGUCAGAGAAAUCCGCGGACACUGAGUUAUCUUCCCCAAAGCUGUUGCCCUUCUUUCCUCCAAAUAUCCCACCUCCACCUUUCCCUCCUCCCUCCAUCAGCACCACACCCCCCCUCAUACCCCCACCACCACCCGGUUUCCCAUUACCUCCAGGGGCCCUUCCACCUAUGAUACCAACAUUAGAUAGCAGUGGACGUUUGGCGGGCGGUUAUGAUCGGCGUUCAGCUCCUCCUUUCCCCUUCCCUACAGGUGUAUACUCUCCUGCAAUGAGAGUGGCUUCCUGGCCGAGUGUGAUAGACAGCAGCAAGUCAUGGGAAAACUACAGCCGUCAUAACAAAGAAAGAAUGAGAGAGAAAACCAGAGAAAGAGGACACAAGAAAGAGCGAGAGCGGGAGAGAGAGCGAGAACGAUACAAAGAAACAGAUCGAGAGCACAGUCCCACCUCCCAAGACCACAGAAG